GAGGGAGAAAGCGAGGGGCGAGCGUUGGGGAGCAGCAUGGAGUCCUCCGCCGACAGGUUGGCCACCGCCGCCGCCCGGGGUCGGGCCGAGGAGGUGCGGGCGCUGCUCGAGGCGGGGGCGCCACCCAACGCGCUCAACCUUCACGGUCGGAGCCCGAUUCAGGUCAUGAUGAUGGGCAGCGCCCGCGUGGCCGAGCUGCUGCUGCUCCACGGCGCGGACCCCAACCGCGCGGACCCCGCCACCCUCACCCGACCCGUGCACGACGCGGCCCGGGAGGGCUUCCUGGACACGCUGGUGGCGCUGCACCGAGCCGGGGCGCGGCUGGACGUGCGCGACGCCUGGGGCCGCCUGCCCGUGGACCUGGCUGAGGAGCGGGGCCACCGCGACGUCGCCCGGUACCUGCGCGCGGCCACAGGGGGCACCGAAGGCGGCAGCCAGGCCCGUACCAACGCCGCGGAAGGUACCGGAGACAACUCCGAUUUUUAAAGAAUCAUUGAGAUCUAGAGCUUCGACACAUUUGGAUCUUCAAUCGUCGAAGUUUGAAUCCAUGAACUGCCCCGCCCCACCCCAUUCUUCCCUGCUAUCUUAGUUCCAAUUUAUCAUAGAGCUUUUUAAAAUGCUGUGCUGCUGCUUCCCAUGGAUCCUUCCCCUAAAUUUCCAUUUAUAUUUACGUUUAUACAUUGUUAUAAAAGGUGAAAAACUAACACUGUUUCUGCCUUUUCAUUGAGUUGGAGUUUUCGGGAGCGAGUACCCAUCCCUGAGAACCCAUCUAUGCGGGCACUUCCUCUUGCAAGCCUGGUGCCACCGGGCCCUGUUGUUAUUACAGCCAUUUUGUGAACUUUGGAAAAUGAAGCUUAAAUGGGUUACGUGGCCUUUCUUGCAGCAAAUUGCCAGCAAAUGGCAGAGCCAAGGCUCAAAUUAAAAAA